UAUAUUAGUAAGAAAAAUAUAAAGUGCAACAAUUACACGGAGUAAAGAGAAUAUUAACGUUAAUAAAUAGUAAGCAUAGCUGAGAAACAAAAUAAAAAAAAAAACAACAAAAUAAAGCAACAAAAGCAAAAAAAAAACAAAUCGUGUGUGUUUGUUCUUCUCUCUCCGCUGCGCGACCAACAACCACCCAAUUCUUCAUUCACAAAUGCAAAACAACAACCUAUAAAUACAACAAAAAUAAAAACUCAGCAGCAGCUGCAACACGCAACAAAUUCAGCAACAAUAGUAGUAGGGGCAGCAUUUGUUUUUUGUGGAUUAAAUUAUUAAAAACAAAUUGCCAAAUCUCACGCUGUAAAAAAGAGAGAGAGAGAGAGCGAAUACCGUUAAAAUGUCAUUGCCGUGUCCAUGAAACUACAACAGAAAAAAAAACAAAAAAAAUAAAUAAAUACAAAAACAACAACAAUAAGAAGCAAAGCCACAGCCAAAGGGGGCGGCCGUGGACAAACCAAUUGCUAGAGGCAUGAAUCAAAGGAUCUGUAGAAAACCUUUAGGCCAAAAAGGAUUCUUAUUAUUAACAACAGUAGCAGGAGGAGCGGUAACAGCAACUGGAGCAGUACCAGGAGCAGAAGCAGAAGCAUCAACAGAAAGCAUAGGAUUAACAACAAUAAUUGUUCAGAAAAAACAGAAGCAACAAUUAAUAAAGUUUACCUAAGUGGAGGAGGCGGCGGAGGAGGAGGAGGAGCGGCGGACGGACGGAAGAAAGGAAGAAAGAAAGGAACGGAGAUUGAAAAGGAGCCUGUGCUUGAGGUCGUCCGGCCGUCUCUCUCUUUGUUUUAGGGCAAGAAGAUUCCGUUUAAAUCAACAUCAGGAGCAUCAGCAGCAAGAGCAGCAGCCACCAUGUCGUCAUCCACAGCAGCGUCAACAACAACCACCACCACAUCAUCAUCAUCAUCAUCGGUGGCGGCGGGAGGUGGAGCUGGUGGUACAGCCGCAGCAACAACGACAAAUGACCAACCACAACCGCCACAUCAACAGCCUCCACCGCGUUAUGAACCUCCUGUGGAGCCAAUUAAUGGCAUUGUCCAGCCUCCAGUAGUUCCGCCAGCGGAACGGCCUGGUCGGAAUACAAAUCAACUGCAAUAUUUAAUAAAAACCGUUAUGAAAGUCAUCUGGAAACAUCAUUUCUCGUGGCCCUUCCAACAGCCGGUCGAUGCUAAGAAAUUAAAUUUACCCGAUUACCAUAAGAUAAUCAAGCAACCUAUGGAUAUGGGUACGAUAAAGAAACGUUUGGAGAACAAUUAUUAUUGGUCGGCGAAGGAGGCGAUACUUGACUUUAAUACAAUGUUCAAUAAUUGUUAUGUGUAUAACAAACCUGGAGAGGACGUUGUUGUAAUGGCACAAACGUUGGAAAAAGUAUUCCUGCAAAAAAUUGAAUCAAUGCCUAAAGAGGAAUUGGAACUGGAGCCGGUAACUGCAAAGGGUGGGAAAAAGAAGCAACGCACACCAGCCACACCCAAAGCAGCAGGCAGUGGAGGAGGAGGAGGAGGCGGAAGUGUUGGAGCAGUGCCCACUAGCAGUAGUAGCAGUAGCUCAAAUAAUAAGUUACCCACAGCUGGUCAAUCUUCUGGAGGAGGAAGUGGUGGUGGUAGUAGUAGUGGAGGAGCAGCUGCCGCUCGACCCGUUUCCUCUUUGGGUGGCACUGUUUCAUCAACAGCAGGAGGAGGAGGAGUGGGAGUCGCACCGUCCAUACCACCGAUCAGCACAAUGCCACCGCAUUCCGUACCCGGUAGCACUAAUACCACCACCACAGCCAUGGGAGCAGCUGGAGGAGCAGCAGCUGGAGCUGGGCAUUCUGUGGCCCUUAUGGCCAGCCUUCUUCAACAGCAGCCAUCAUCCGCCUAUCCCGGUGCUAAUCAAUCAUCCGCUGUGGUCAACAGCUCCUCCCUUUUAGAUGGCUCAACGGCGGCCGUAAUACCCGGCGGAGGAGCGGCAGCAGGUCAAUUAUCAGCCGCUGCUGUGGCCACUGCCAAUGCCGUACAAGCCUACGUUAAUAGCACGGCCGGAGUUGGUGUCAAUGUAGGCGUCGGAGUGGGUGUUGAUGGCGCCGUUAUACCACCCCAGCAACCAGCCAAACUGAAGAAGGGCGUCAAACGGAAGGCGGACACAACGACACCCACGGCGAAUGCAUUUGAAUCGCCUUACGCCCAAAUGGAUUCCAAAUCGGCAAAAAUAGCAACAAGACGGGAGUCAAAUCGUCAGGUAAUUGGCAAGAAGGGCUCGGGUGGUUAUCCCAUGUCACCACUGGGUGUGGCCGGUGUGCCCGGUGUCCUAUUGGGACCAGGCGUUGUUGGAGCUGGUGUUGGUGCCGCUGUCGGUGGCAUCGGUAUGGGUGGAGUUGGUGGUGUCGGCGGUGUAAUGGGCAGCGCCGGUUCGAAAUCAAAGGAAAAACUAUCGGAUGCUCUCAAGUCAUGCAAUGAGAUCCUUAAGGAGCUAUUCUCAAAGAAGCAUUCCGGUUAUGCUUGGCCCUUCUAUAAGCCGGUGGAUGCGGAACUGUUAGGCCUCCAUGAUUAUCAUGAUAUCAUCAAGAAGCCAAUGGAUUUGGGUACUGUGAAGCGGAAAAUGGACAAUCGGGAGUACAAGAGUGCGCCGGAAUUCGCGGCCGAUGUGCGAUUGAUAUUCACCAAUUGCUACAAAUACAAUCCACCAGAUCAUGAUGUCGUCGCAAUGGGCAGAAAACUGCAGGAUGUCUUUGAAAUGCGCUACGCCAAUAUACCCGAUGAGCCAGUGGCCAAUGCGGCUCAUCAUAGUCACAGCCAUGGACACGGUCAUGGUCAUGGGCAUGGUCACGGGCAUGGGCAUGGUCACAGUAGUCAUGGCCAUGGACAUGGUCAUGGCGGCUAUUCCACUACCAGCUUAAAGCACGAUGCUAGCGAUUCAUCUAGCGAGGACUCAAGUGACACGGAAAAUGAAUCUAAUUCCGAUGAGGAAAGAAGUGCACGCUUAAAAAUGCUGGAGUCCAAAUUGUUGGGCCUGCAGGAGGAGAUCCGUAAACUUGUCGAGGAGGCGUCUGCCAAAAAGAAGGCCAAGAAAAAACUCAAAGAAAAGAAGAAGGGCAUGGGUCCGGGAAGCGGAGCUGGAUCCGGUGCCGGUGGAACAACUGGCGGCGGUGCUGGCGGCGGCAAUUCAGCUACCAGUGGAGGUGGACCAUCAUCCAUGCCGGUCUCGGUGCCGGCCAGUGUGGCAGCGGCAGUGGCUACCGGUGGAGCCAAUCUCUCUGCCCUGCUUAGCGGUAGUCUGGUCAUGGGUGCCAAUUCUAGUGCCGGUGGUGUGAACACACCAACAUCUGCCCUGCAUGCCCACGAAAUGGCCUUGGCCAUGAGCCAAUUGACUGGCGGAGCUGCCGGCUUUAAUCCAGCCAAUGUGGCGGGUGCUGGCGGUGGUGGCAAGGCAGGUACAUUGGCUGGAGCCUUAGCAGCCGGAGCAGCAGCUGGCGCUGGUGGUGCCUCUUCGGGUGGCAGUAGUAAAGGUGCUAAGAAUAAGGGACAACGUGGCGCAAAGGGUGCGGCAAAUGCGGCAGCCGGCGGCGUUGGCGGCGCUGCAGCAGCAGCGGCAGCGGCCAAUAUGGCAGCAGCUGUUGCUGGCGGUGGCGGAUCAACGACUGGCUCUAAACGCGGCAAAGGUGGCGGCGGCGGCAGUGGAGCGGGCAAUGCUGCCGCCAAUGCAGCCGGUCCUGGCAACGCUGCUGGUGGUGGAGCGGGAGCGGGCGCUGGUGGUGCACGCGGUAGUAGUAAAAAGAAGCCCAGUCAGGUGAUGAAUUUCGAUUCCGAGGAGGAGGACACAGCGAAGCCAAUGUCCUACGAUGAGAAGCGACAACUCUCCUUGGAUAUCAAUAAGCUGCCAGGCGACAAACUUGGCCGUGUGGUCCACAUCAUCCAGAAUCGUGAACCAUCGCUGCGCGACUCCAAUCCCGAUGAAAUUGAAAUCGAUUUCGAGACACUGAAGCCGUCGACGCUGCGCGAGCUAGAAAGCUAUGUGGCGUCGUGUUUGCGCAAAAAAACACGUAAGCCAUAUUAUAAAAAGCCCUCGGGUAAAUCUAAGGAUGAUCAGAUGGCUGAAAAGAAACAAGAGCUGGAAAAACGUUUACAGGAUGUAACCGUCCAGCUGGGAGCAAGCAAGAAAACCACCAAGAAAGAUGAAAAUACUUCAAAUAAGGUGGAAGCUGUUCAACCCACAAAUCCCGUUUCAUCAAGUUCAAGUUCCAGCGAUUCGUCGUCAUCGAGUUCGAGUGAUAGCAGUUCGAGUGACUCAAGUGACAGUGAAGCAGGCGACGGCGAUGAGCGGCCGCCACGUAAGAAAAAGUCACGUGAUUCAAAUGGCAGCAGCACUGUAAAUGUAAAUAAUCCCAAUCUUAAUUUGGCCGGUGGCUUAACACCGAAUACGUUACUCCACAUGGGUCUGGAUGUGCUGAAUAAUGCAGCAACUGGCAGCGGCGGCGUCGGCGUCGGUGGUGUUCCAACGGCCAGUACAACCGCAUCGCAAAUGGCAAAUUUGCUGGGAAAUGCGAAUCCAAAUGCUAUGCAAGCAGCAGCAAUGCUUAACAACAAUAAUAAGACAACGCCGCUCUCAUCUGGGGGUGGCGGCAGCAACAAUAAUAAUAAUAACAACAACAACAACAAUAACUUUGGUUCUGCUGGCGGUGCCUCAUCCAAUAAUAUACUUCAUGCAGCAGCAGCAGCGGCGGCAAAUACUAAUCACAAUAAGAAUGGACCAAACGAUCAUCAUUUAAGUGGAAGCAGCAGUAAAUCGGUGAUGGGACAGCAAGUGCCGACGGCUAAUUUGUAUGCCGCCUCAAGUAUAGGCGGUAGUGGUGGCGGAGGUGGCAUACGAAUAGCCAGCAAUUUGCAUAAGCAACCCAAUAUGGGUGCGCAAGGAGCAGCGACAGCGGGAUUAGGUGGUGGAGUGGGUGGAGAUCUCAGCGAUCAUCAUGCAGCUCUGGCGGCUGCUUUGGCGUCAUCAGGUGGGGGAAAUAAUGGGGCAAAUCCAUUGGUUGGUGAUCCUACGGGCAUUGUGGCUGCCUCAUUGGCCGCAGGUCUUAAGCAAAUUCCCCAAUUUGAUGAUCCUGUUGAGCAGUCGCUUGCUUCGCUGGAAUUCAGUGCGGCGGCUAGCUCAACGGGUGUUAAAUCGGUUGGCGGUGGAUUGCCAGAUAAUUUUCUAAUGGCCCAUCAGGCACAUCUAAUGCAACAGCCGGGCGGUGGCCAGCAGCAACAGCAACAACAACAACAGCAGCAGCAGCAACAACAACAGACAUUUGGACACCAGCAGCAGCAGCAGCAACAACAACAGCAGCAACAGCAACAUAUGGACUAUAUGACGGAAUUAUUGUCAAAGGGAGCUGAAAAUGUGGCUGGAAUGAAUGGUAAUCAUUUGUUCAAUUUCAAUUUGGAUAUGGCAGCGGCUGCCUUUCAGCAGCAACAGAAGCAACAUCCUCAGCAGCAACAGCAACAACAACAGCAGCAGCAACAGGCUCACAAUAAUGGCUAUAAUGUAACCGAUUUUGGAAUGCCCAGUUUUGAUAAUCUCAAUAUGGCCACAGCAUCGGCGUUUCUUGAUUUGGAGCCAACAUUGCAUCAGCAGCAGCAGCAAUUACAACAGCAACUCCAACAACAGCAGCAACAACAGCAGCAACAGCAACAUCUACAGCAACAGCAGCAACAUCUGCAACAACAACAGCAACAGCAGGCCGCUGCAGCCAAUAAAAUGCUCAUAAUUCCCAAACCCAUUGAAUCCAUGAUGCCCAGUCCGCCCACAACGGAUAAGCAAAAGGUAAUGCCACCACAGCAAUCGCCCUCCGAUAUGAAAUUGCAUGGUAAUAAUGCGCAAGGUGCCAAUUUUGCCCAGAAUUUAAAGAAUGCCAGCUCUUGGUCGUCUUUGGCAUCGGCCAGUUCACCGCAAAACACAUCUAGCACCAGCUCCAGUGGUAAGACAAAGCCCGCCAUGGAUUCAUUCCAACAAUUUCGUAAUAAAGCCAAAGAACGGGAUCGCCUCAAGCUGCUCGAGGCAGCUGAAAAGGAGAAGAAACAUCAGAAAGAAGCAGCCGAAAAGGAACAACAGCGCAAACACCACAAGUCUUCAUCAUCAUCCUCAACAUCGUCGUCGUCAUCAUCAGCCGCAGCGGCAGCUGCAGCGGCCGUUGGUGGAUCGUCUAGUGGUGGUGCAUCAGCAACGGCGUCCACUGCCACAUCGGUGGCCGCCGGUGGUGCAGCAGUCUCUCAGUCCCAACAGGCAUCAGCAGGUGUAUCUAGUUCAGCGAAUAUAUCCACAAAUCUGUCAUCGGCGCAAAGUCAAAGCAACGAGCGAGACCGCGAAAGAGAACGAGGAGGUGGAGGAGGAGGCGGUGGCAGCAUGGCUGGAGGCAGCAGUAGUGGUGUUCAAAACAAUGCGACGGACAACUCACGUUCAGCCAGCUCUGGCAGCGGCGGCGGUGGCGGCAUUGCCGGUAAUGGUGGCCCCGGCAGCAAUGGCGGCAGCAAUUCCGCCACCAGCAAUGGUCCUGGCAGUGCGGGCAGCGAACGGGAUAGAGGCAAUGGCGGCGCCGCCAACAGUGGCAACAACAAUCCAGGCGUCGCAAGCGGUGGGCUUGCCAUUGUUGGUGGCGGCACUGGCAGCAAUAGCAACAGCGGUGGCGGUCUCAUUGGCAGUGGAGCAACCAGUAGCAAUAGCAACAGCAGCAGUAUGGGCGCCGGCAUUGGCCUAGGCGGCAUUCCGGAUGGAGUCCGGGCCGGCUCGAACAGUCAGGGCAGCAGUGGCGGCGGUGUUGGUGGCGGUGGCACCACUGGCAUGGGCAUCGGAGGUCCCGGUGGUGUGGCCAUCGGCAAUGCACCUGGCAAUGGUCAUCUGUCGUCAUCGGUGACACAAGCCCAGGCGCAACAUGCAGCCGCUGCUGCAGUGGCUGCUCAGGCAGCUGCCAUUUUGGCUGCUUCGCCACUAGGAGCCAUGGAAAUUGGCAGAAAAAGUGUUCAUGAUGCCCAGCCACAGAAUUCACGUGUAGACGAUAUCAAGGCAUCACCAGGACAGGGCCAGAGCUCGCCAGCGCAGCAAUCGCCGCAGGAUCGGGCAGCUGCCAAGCGGGCAGAGCAGCGAAGGGCCGAGCAAGAGCGACGUAGAAGAGAAGCGUUGGCUGGUCAAAUUGAUAUGAACAUGCAGAGCGAUCUCAUGGCUGCCUUCGAGGAGACACUGUAGGC